AUGCAAGAAGAUUUUAGUUAUAAUGAUGUUGAUGAUCAAUGUCUAGAAAACGAAAUAAUUGGUACACAAUGGAUAACGUAUACUUGUGAUCUAUUACGUUCUCGUACAUGCAGACACUAUUUCAUUGACUAUUAUAAUAUUUUAGACAGUUAUACAACAGAUACAUUAGAUACAGCGUGCCAAAUUUUGGAAAAUGUUGAUUUAUCUGAAGUAGAUCAGACAUCAAUAAUGAAGACUCCGCACGAUGUUGUUACUCUACACUUCGAACAUAUGAAACAAUGGGUUGGUCAAUUGAACGUAAAAGAUGUUUUGAAUGCAAUUAGUAAUUUUACUACACUGAAAUUGAAACUAUUUCCCAACAGACCGUUUGGACGUGAUAUACUUUUGAAGAUAACAAUGCUAUUAAAUGCAUCGGCCCUAUCAGAUGGUGAUAAACAAAAUAAUUUAUUAGUUUGGAAACAUUUAUUUUUGGAUACAGAUGAUGGUGAGAUAGAAGGUGGAAGUAUUGAACAUAAAUGUACUGAAUGGUUAACAGAUCCAAUGGAUAUAAUUGGUGGCCUAGCAAUAGCAGCAUUUUUUAUGAAAUGGGUAAACGACGUUGUUACAACUUGGUCGAUGUUAAAUUCAAUUAAAAAUUCAAAUUUUGAUUUAUUAAUUCGACUAUUGUAUAUGACGAAUAAAACAGGAAUAUUUAAAGUACAAAGAGAUGAAUUACUUCAGUCGUAUUUACCAAAUGCCGUAAACCCUUAUUGCCAGCAAACAUCAACAAGUCUGUCGAUUAUUGAUGGUUCACAUGCAAAUGGUGGUACAACACUGAUAGAUAUAAUUAAAAAAAUAUAUGAGACCAGUACGAUAUCACCAACCACAAUUUCAUCCGAAACGUUAGCUUCAGCAACAGAAGAAGAUAAUACAGCUGUAACAACAAUCAAUGAUUUAUAUCAACUGGGUAAAUUAAACAAUGGUGAAUUCAAAAACAUGUCUGAUAAUGAUGAUUAUAUGAAUCAAUAA